CCUAUGCUUGGAGGUAGCAAAUGUCCAACAGCAGCUCCAUCACCCAGUUCCUCCUCCUGCCGUUCACAGACACACGGGAGCUGCAGCUCUUGCACUUCUGGCUCUUCCUGGGCAUCUACCUGGCUGCCCUCCUGGGCAAUGGCCUCAUCAUCACCACCAUAGCCUGGGACCAGCACCUCCACACCCCCAUGUACUUCUUCCUGCUCAACCUCUCUGUCAUUGACCUGGGCUACAUCUCAACCACUGUCCCCAAGUCCAUGGACAAUUCCCUCUGGGACACCAGGGCCAUCUCCUACACAGGAUGUGCUGCCCAAGUCUUUCUGUUUGUCUUUUUAGCUUCAGCAGAGUAUUGGCUCCUCACCAUCAUGUCCUAUGACCGCUACGUUGCCAUCUGCAAACCCCUGCACUACGGGACCCUCCUGGGCAGCAGAGCUUGUGUCCACAUGGCAGCAGCUGCCUGGGCCACUGGGUUUCUCUAUUCUCUGCUGCACACGGCCAAUACAUUUUCACUGCCCCUGUGCAAGGGCAAUGCCCUGGGCCAGUUCUUCUGUGAAAUCCCCCAGAUCCUCAAGCUCUCCUGCUCAGACGCCUACCUCAGGGAAGUCUGGGUUCUUGUGAUUUCUUUCUCGGUGGCAUUUGGCUGUUUUGUUUUCAUUUUUUUCUCCUAUGUGCAGAUCUUCAGGGCCGUGCUGAGGAUCCCCUCUGAGCAGGGUCGGCACAAAGCCUUUUCCACCUGCCUCCCUCACCUGGCCGUGGUCUCCCUGUUUGUCAGCACUAUCAUAUUUUCCCACCUGAAGCCCCCCUCCAUCUCCUCCCCACCCCUGGACCUGGUGGUGUCAGUUCUUUACUCAGUGGUGCCUCCAGCAGUGAACCCCCUCAUCUACAGCAUGAGGAACAAGGAGAUCAAGGACUCAGUGUGGCAGCUAAUGAAUGGCUGUCUUAUUAAGCAAUAA